AUGAAGUCGGUGUACCGGGGCUUCGACGAGGAGCGGGGCGUGGAGGUGGCGUGGAACCAGGCGAGCCCCGCCGACGUGCUCCGUUCGCCGGACGCCGUGCAGCACAUGUACUCGGAGGUGCAGCUGCUGAGCUCGCUCCGGCACGACGGCAUCAUCGGCUUCCACGCCUCGUGGGUGGACGUGCCGGGCCGCAGCUCCAACUUCAUCACGGAGCUCUUCUCCUCCGGCACGCUGCGCUCCUACCGGCUCCGGUACCCUCGGGUGAGCCUCCGCGCCGUCUGGUCGUGGGCGCGGCAGCUGCUCGGCGGCCUGGCCUACCUCCACGCGCGCGACCCACCGGUGAUCCACCCUCUCGUCGUACUCCGCGGCCUGUACAGCGUCACCGGUGAUCCCGAGAUGUACGACGAGGAGUACGACGAGAGGGUGGACGUGUACGCGUUCGGGAUGUGCAUGCUGGAGAUGCUCACCGUCGAGUACCCGUACAGCGAGUGCUCUAACCCGGCGCAGAUCUACAAGAAGGUCACCGCCGGCAGGCUCCCCGACGCGUUCUACCGGGUGGAAGACGACGACGCGCGCAGGUUCAUUGGACGCUGCCUCGUCCCCGUCGCCAGCCGCCCGUCCGCCACAGAGCUGUUGCUGGACCCUUUUCUCCUUGAUCACCACCACCAUGUUGCUGCUGCUGGCACGGUGCCAGUGCCGCCGCCACCGUUGCCAGCUGCUGUUGCCGACGCCGGCGCUCCGCCGCCCUCGACGUGUAGUAGCUCCGCCGACGAUGUCGUCUCGGCGUCAUCGUUGUUGGACGAUGACGACGUGGAGCAUCAUCAGGAGCCACAACAUCCGCCACCGCCGCCGCCACCGCCCAGGAACGUCAUGACCAUCACCGGGAAGCUGAACGCGGAGGAGGACACGAUCUUCCUGAAAGUACAGAUCGCCGACGAGGCGACAGGGCACGCGCGCAACAUCUACUUCCCGUUCGACAUGGCGAGCGACACGGCGGCGGAGGUGGCGCAGGAGAUGGUGAAGGAGCUGGACAUCACGGACCGGGACGCGUCGGAGAUCGCCGCCAUGAUCCAGCAGGAGAUCGGCAGGCUGCUGCCGGGGCGAGCGCAGCAGCAGCACGAGUACACGUACGCGGAACGUGACGACGACGACGACGAAAACGACGAGGAGCGGCCUCCGCCCUUCUGCUGCUACCUCUCCUCAUCUCCCGCCUCCUCACAUGGCUCUCACUGCGGGGUGGGGCCUUACGCCUCCGGAGGAUUCUCUGGUCCACGUGGCGGUGGCUGGUCCAAAGGUAACCUUAGCUACAAAUUUCCUUUUAUAAAUUGA